UUGUUAUGUAUGUUUGUGUAUGUAUGCAUGUGUAUAUAUAUUUUGUGGGAGGGAUACGAGAAGUUUAGAGUGCUGAUAUAUCGUGAGACUGAAGCUGUGGAUCUCCGCCGACUGUUCAGUUGAAGCAGUUGGUGUAUAUUAUUCAAGAGUUGAUGGGCUGUGGUGUGGAACCUCGAGUAGAACUAGCUUUACGACGGACCCUAUUCUUUGGUUUAAUACUCCUUCUUUACCUAGUUUUUGGUGCCUCCAUCUUUUCUAUUUUACCAAAACGACAACAGACCCUGAAAUGUGAAAAAAGUGCAGCGCGGUUGGAUGCGCAACGAAGCGAAAUGUUAAAUGUGUUGUGGGCAGAGACCAUGGCGCAAUCAGAACAUGAAUGGUUCCUAAUGGCUAAUCAGAAAUUGGAUAUCUACGAGCAGCUCGUGUUCAAUUCAUGUCGAAGAGUUGCCGGUUCACCAUCAAAAUCAUUCAAUAAAGCAUUCAUACAUGCUUUUACCCUGGUUACUACAAUUGGAUUCUUAGAUGAAGAAAAUUUCUCACCAAUCGCUAAAAUAGCAACCAUGAGUUACGCUAUUAUUGGCAUACCACUGGCACUUUUAUACCUUGCUCAAUGCUCCAAAAUGUUUGCUGGCCUAUUACCGGGUAACCACAUACUUAUUGCGGCACUUGUAGCUAUUUUUGCAACAGCGAUUAUUUUCGACAUCAUCGAAGGGUCAAACGAUGAUACGCCGUUCAUCGAUGCCAUCUUCCAUGUAUUUCUAAUGUUGUCAACUGUCGGAAGCUGCAGUACCGAACCACCCGUCGCACUGAUUCUUGUUGCCCUAUUCGCUGUUGGUCUAAUAUCCGUAUCAUAUGUAUUGAUCAAUCGGCAGAUCGAACAUGCUUUGCAGGGAUUCGAGUUGCUGUUUAGCAAAUAUUUUGGUAUACUUCGACGUUGGAUAUGCAGUAAAGAUGAACUUGAGGAGUGUAAGUUAAUUGAGGAAGAAGAAGAAUCCGAAUCCGAUACGUAGUUGAUUUGUAUUUAAUCAAUUUUGAAUCCCACAGUACUGGAUAAAUUCUAGUGUAUAUAAGAAAUAUUAUUACAUUACGCUAUACUUUUCUGUAUGGAAGUCCAGUCUUCUCCCGUCUUCUCCCUAAUGAUUGAAUGUUUUGCUAUGUGUUUAGUGGUGG